AGAGGAUCUUUCUGGGAUUUUUACCUUCACCUUGAGGACCUGGUGGGGUUCCUGGAGGUAAAGCCCAUAAAAGUGUGCCUGCCCCCCAAGACUGCAUCCCCGGAGUUUCUAACUCUCGUGUGCCUGCCCCCCAAGACUGCAUCCCCGGAGUUUCUAACUCUCGUGCCGGUUCACAUCUAGCCUCCAGCACCAGUUUAUGGCUCCAGCAGCUUUGCUCCAGGAAACUGAAAAUGGCCCUUCAGCUAUGCUAGGUCUAUAAUGGGAAGCGUCACAGUUCAGCAUUUCUGUUAUGGAUGCCUUUUUACAUCUGCGACCUGGACAGUUUUGCUUUUUGUUUAUUUCAACUUCAGUGAAGUGACUCAGCCACUUAAGAAUGUGCCCAUCAAGGGGUCUGGGCCCCAAGGACCAUUCCCCAAAAAAUUUUAUCCCCGUUUCACUCGAGGCCCAAGUCGAGUAUUAGAUUUACAGUUCAAAGCAAACAAGGUUGACGAUGUGGUGGAUCCUCAUAUUGAAGAUGCAGGAAAAGGCAACGUGAGAUUCUCUUCUGAAUUGGGUAUGAUUUUUAAUGAACAUGACCAGGAGCUGAGGGACCUGGGGUAUCAGAAGCAUGCCUUCAAUAUGCUGAUUAGCAACCGCUUGGGCUACCACAGAGAUGUGCCAGAUACAAGGAACGCGGAAUGUAAAGACAAGACAUACCCGACGGAUCUGCCAGUCGCUAGUGUUGUUAUUUGUUUCUACAAUGAAGCCUUGUCUGCUUUGCUGAGGACUGUGCACAGCGUCCUGGACCGCACGCCUGCCCAGCUUCUCCACGAAAUCAUCCUCGUAGAUGAUGACAGUGACUUGGAUAAUUUGAAAGGAGAACUAGAUGAAUUUGCCCAAAAACACCUCCCUGGAAAAAUUAAAGUAAUAAGAAAUACAAAGCGUGAGGGAUUAAUUCGAGGAAGAAUGAUUGGAGCAGCCCACGCAACAGGAGAAGUCCUGGUGUUCCUGGACAGCCACUGCGAAGUGAAUGUGAUGUGGCUGCAGCCCUUGCUGGCUGCCAUCCGCGAUGACCGGCGGACAGUCGUGUGCCCGGUGAUCGACAUCAUCAGUGCAGACACGCUGGCCUAUAGCUCUUCCCCUGUGGUGCGUGGAGGGUUCAACUGGGGGCUGCACUUCAAAUGGGAUCUUGUUCCCCUUUCUGAGCUCGGAGGACCAGAGGGAGCUACAGCACCAAUAAAGUCCCCUACGAUGGCCGGGGGGCUGUUUGCCAUGGACAGAAACUACUUCCGCGAGCUGGGGCAGUACGACAGCGGCAUGGACAUCUGGGGCGGGGAGAACUUGGAGAUAUCAUUCCGGAUCUGGAUGUGCGGGGGCAAGCUGUUCAUCAUCCCUUGCUCCAGAGUCGGGCACAUUUUCCGGAAAAGGCGCCCAUAUGGCUCCCCUGAAGGCCAGGACACCAUGACACACAACUCCUUGAGGCUGGCACACGUUUGGCUGGAUGAGUAUAAGGAGCAGUAUUUUUCCUUGAGACCUGACCUGAGGACCAGAAGCUAUGGCAAUAUCAGUGAGCGUGUUGAAUUGAGGAGGAAGCUGGGCUGUAAGUCGUUUAAAUGGUAUUUGGAUACCAUUUACCCGGAGAUGCAGGUGUCCGGGCCCAAUGCCAAACCCCAGCAGCCCAUUUUUAUCAACAGAGGGCCAAAACGCCCCAAAAUCCUUCAGCGUGGAAGGCUCUAUCACCUCCAGACUGGCAAGUGCCUGGUGGCCCAGGGCCGCCCAAGUCAGAAGGGAGGCCUCGUAGUGCUCAAGGCGUGUGACUACAGUGACCCAGAUCAGAUCUGGAUUUAUAAUGAAGAGCAUGAACUGGUUUUAAGUAAUCUCCUUUGCCUGGAUAUGUCAGAAACUCGAUCAUCAGACCCGCCACGCCUCAUGAAGUGCCACGGGUCGGGAGGAUCCCAGCAAUGGACCUUUGGGAAGAAUAAUCGGCUGUACCAGGUGUCAGUGGGACAGUGCCUGAAGGCAGUUGAUCCACUGAGUCACAAAGGCUAUGUUGCUAUGGCGAUCUGUGAUGGCUCCCCCUUGCAGCAGUGGCAUUUGGAAGGUUAAGGUGGACGCCAUGCCUGGGAUGCAUGUCCUCCUGUGGGGAUGCCUGGGAAUUAGCAGAGGUGAGACAGUCAACAUACUGUUGGGAUCGGAGCACUGAGCAGCCAUCAGGAGGUGGAGAAGUGUGUCACCAAGACACUGAAGCCAUUUCUAGGUUGCUGUUAAGGAAUUUCUUGCUUAUGGUAGGAAACCAGAUAGUUUAAAGGAUCAGGUUUAUACAGGAGAAAACCAGGAAAUUGCUAAGCCUAUUCAAAUUAGUUUAUGCUUCUUUUUAAUCCCCUUUAGUGAUGGAAUGGUGUUCAUCUGAUCAGGAACAUGUCACAAUUUCCUUUCAUAGCAGACGGUUAACUUCAAACUGACUGAAUCCAUAUUACUUUUAACUUCAGAAGGAAUCAUUUAUAGGGUCAUAUUUAAGAGGUGGUUAAUAACUACUAUAAAUUAUUUUGAUGAUUAUGGUACUAUCUACAUUUAAAAUAAAGGAUCCUUUUAAUUAUUUACCUGUUUUUGUAGUGAAGCCUCAGGUCUGAGGUGUCCUGUGUGUGUGAUGCAUGGUAAGAAACACGGUUGGAUUCAGCGAUGAACCAGUGCGCUAGGUAGUGGCUCUAACCAGAGGAAGUUUUCAGUUUCUAGGCUUGAAUUAUGAGUUUGAAGCUGAAGGUAUGUGAAUUUGGAUACUUGACAUUAAAGUUCCCUGUGGAACACCCAGGUAGAGUUGAAUAGUUGGAUCUCUCUCUCUAGGAAUCAUGUGUAUGUAUUAAAUGCCCAAAUAUAAAGUGAAUUUUUUUAUGUUGAA